AUGAUCUGGACACUCGUUCCCUUUGUGGCACUCUUGCCACUAGUGACAGCUCAACAGGUGGGCACUACACCUGAUGCCCAUCCCAGACUCACCACGUAUAAAUGCACAUCGCAGAGUGGCUGCACAAAGCAGAGCACCUCAGUCGUUCUGGAUGCAGCAACUCACUUCAUCCACCAAAAAGGGACACAAACUUCCUGCACCAACAGCAACGGCUUGGACACUUCCAUCUGUCCGGAUAAACAAACCUGCGCUGACAACUGUGUCGUUGAUGGUAUCACGGACUACACCAGCUACGGCGUCCAAACAACAGAUGACACGUUGACCCUGCACCAGUACCUGCAAACUGGCGAUAGCACAAAGUCCGUGUCACCGCGUGUCUACCUCCUCGCGGAAGACGGAGAAAACUACUCCAUGCUACAGCUCCUGAAUCAGGAAUUCACCUUCGAUGUCGAUGCAUCGACUCUCGUUUGUGGCAUGAAUGGUGCUUUAUAUCUCUCUGAAAUGGAGGCCUCUGGCGGAAAGAGCUCCCUGAACCAAGCCGGAGCCAAAUACGGAACCGGCUACUGUGACGCCCAAUGCUACACUACGGCGUGGAUUAACGGCGAAGGCAACACCGAAGGUGUUGGUUCCUGCUGUCAGGAAAUGGAUAUCUGGGAAGCCAACGCCCGAGCAACAGGGCUUACACCGCACCCUUGCAACACAACAGGUCUGUACGAGUGCAGCGGCUCGGGGUGCGGAGAUUCCGGUGUCUGUGACAAGUCUGGGUGUGGAUUCAACCCGUACGCCCUAGGUGCAAAGGACUACUACGGUUACGGCCUCAAGGUCAACACCAACGAGACACUCACAGUCGUAACCCAGUUCCUCACAACUGAUAACACCACCUCAGGCCAGCUCAGUGAAAUCCGCCGUCUGUAUAUCCAGAAUGGCCAAGUUAUUCAGAAUGCUGCCGUCACCUCCGGAGGCAACACUGUCGACUCAAUUACAAAGGACUUCUGCAGCGGCGAAGGAAGUGCCUUCAACCGACUUGGUGGCCUCGAGGAAAUGGGCAACGCCCUAGGCCGCGGUAUGGUUCUUGCGAUGAGUGUCUGGAACGACGCAGGCUCGUUCAUGCAAUGGCUUGAUGGUGGCAAUGCAGGACCGUGUAGUGCAACUGAGGGCGACCCGGCGUUGAUUGAGAAGCUGCAUCCGGACACUCAUGUGAAGUUUUCCAACAUUCGGUGGGGAGACAUUGGAUCUACCUACCAGCAUUAG